UGAAUGACUUCAGAGACUUCAAAAAGAGACUUCAGGUAGAAUAUUAUCGACUGACAGUCAGCAUUCACUUCCAUUGUAUCUUAUGCCAUUCAAUGAAAGAUGAAUGGAGACUGGGACUCAUCUCAUUUCGUGUUUCACAGCAAAAAGAAACUCAUACAGGUUUCGAACAACAUGAGGACGAGUCAAUAAUGACGACGUUCUAAUUUUUGUGCCAUCCUUCUGAAAUACACACGCGCGCGAGCGCCCAGGUGCUUCAUUUCAGGAUCACAGACAGGGGAACCGAAACGGUCAGCAGUGCUUCCAGGAAGCGUCACCGGGGAGCACGCGCGCCGACAGACAGAGGAAUGCAGCAGCGUCCGCGACUCUCCGUCAGGCAGCCGCGAAACUAGAAGGUUCGCAGGCAGCGUGCGUGGCUCGGAGUGCGCGACGGGGUUUUUAUUUUACCGCUGUCGGCGCGAGCUGCUGCUGACGCGAUGCUUUAGCCAUGGACAGCAGGUUAAACGAGAAUCCUGCGAGAACCUUUGAUUUGGCUCUUCAGGUUGCAUGUCCAUCAUCUGAACAUGAAGAUCCGACAGUGCUGUGGAAGUUCCCUCAGGACUUUGGAGACCAGGAGGUCCUGCAGACAGUGCCUAAGUUCUGCUUCCCAUUUGACGUUGAAAGAGUGUCCCAGACUCAGGUGGGCCAGAACUUCACAUUUGUGCUCACAGACAUUGAGAGCAAGCAGAGGUUUGGUUUCUGUCGGCUGACAUCCGGCUGCAGGGUCUGCAUCUGUUUGCUCAGUUAUAUCCCAUGGUUUGAGAUUUAUUAUAAGAUGCUAAAUACCCUUGCAGACUACUUAUCAAAACACCAGGAAGAAGACUUGAAUGACAUGUUGGAAACGCUGCACACCUACCCGGUGCCAAAGCCGAAUACGCCAGUGAAUCUGAGUGUGAGCAACCACUUACAUUUUGCCAGUGGGCAAGUAGUGCAGGAUCCAGGAAGCAGACAGUCGCAUUCAUACUUCAUAGCUCCUGAUAUUAAUGGACUCCCCACCAUACCUGAAAAUAGAAAUUUAACAGAGUACUUUGUAGCAGUGGAUGUGAACAACAUGUUGCACCUCUACGCCAGCAUGCUGCAUGAGCGACGCAUCAUCAUUACCUCAAGCAAACUUAGCACUUUAACUGCAUGCGUGCAUGGGUCCACCGCCAUGCUCUACCCUAUGCACUGGCAGCACAUCUUCAUUCCUGUACUUCCUCCUCACCUGCUGGAUUACUGCUGUGCCCCCAUGCCAUAUCUGGUCGGAGUUCAUCUCAGCCUUUUAGAGAGAGUAAAGAGCAGAUCCCUGGAGGAUGUGGUCAUUCUGAACGUGGACACAAACACCCUGGAAAGCCCCACAGACGACCUGCACAACCUGCCCAGUGACGUGGUCUCCAGUCUGAAGAGUAAGCUGAAAAAGCAGUCGACUGCUACAGGCAGCGGGGUUGCUCGGGCCUUUCUGCAUGCUCAGGCUGCGCUGUUUGGCUCCUAUCGGGACGCCCUGAGAUAUAAACCAGGAGAGCCAAUCACCUUCUGUGAGAAGAGCUUCGUGGCACACCGCUCCAGCACCAUGAGAAGUUUCCUUGAGAUGGCCGUGAACCUGCAACUCUUCAAGCAGUUCAUUGAAGGCAGACUGGCCAAAUUAAACGCAGGAAGGGGCUUUACAGACGUCUAUGAAGAGGAGAUCACAGAGGGGCGCUUCUGUAGAAGUAAUUCAAGGUCUUAUCAGCAGUGGAUUCACACCAAGAUGCGGCAGAGGGCAAAACCGGUCGUGAAAAACUUUCAGAUGGCCAAAGAUCAUGCAAAACGGAAAAUACGUGACAUGAAGGACAAGAUUUCACAAAAGGACGCUGAAGAGGAGGAAAGCCCAUACUGUGCAGGUUCUCCCACCAGCACUAAAAGCCUCUCACCCAAGAGACUUCAGAGGAAAGCGCAUCAAAAUCCAAAGUCGUCUCCACACAUGAGCCUGUGUUUUCCGGAUGGUUAUAACAACGACAACAAUGACGACACAGCUAGCAGAAUAUCCUCUGAGGACAGCGGGGAAGUGGCGUCAUACAAUGAAGACAGUGAUGACUCUGAUUUAGAGUUUCAGCCUGAAGUUAGUCAGACAGGCCAGAUGAACCUGCUGGAGGAGAUUUUGGACUCUCUCAGUACAUCCCACAUCGAACAAAUUCCACUAACUUGUCAUUUGUACUGUUUCCAGAAAAAUCACAAGUCCCCACUGGGAAGCAGUCCUUCUCAGGCCGAUUGUGAAGUAGAAAACGGAGAACAAAGUGGAUGGAAUAUGGGUCAAGACGACAGCGCCAUCCACGGUAAACAUCUCCCACCUUCUCCUCGACGCCAACCCAGCUGCCGUUCCCUUCCUGUCUGUCCUCUCCUUCCCAAAGACCUCACCAAUGAAGAGAACCCGAGGAACUCUCUCCCUGAGACCCCCAACAUUCAACACUCGGUACCUUGCGAAUCGGACAAACCCAGCAGUUCCCAGCUGAGCCCAGACAACCGACAACCAGCAGGCCGCAGCCUCUCCCGACAGAAGGUCCUUUCAAGAAAAACCCAGAGGCCAUCCCAGGAACAUGCCCAGCAGAAGGCAGCAAGUGGACAACCUUUGGUCCUCGUUCCGUGGGAGAGGGAAAAACAGCCCCAGGAGACAAAUAUGGAAGAAAGAGCAAAUGAAGAGAAAGGCUUACUAGAAGAGAUCGAGUCCAUGUGUCACAUCAGCAUGGCCCUCAAAAGUAACCAGGAGCUCACACACAUUCAAAACAACACCAGCCUGGAUAAAUCCUGAGAAAACGGCAGAACACUCAUGUCAAACCUUUCUCGUUUUAUAUUCACGCUAUCCUCUGAAGUCACACCAGCACUCUUUGCAUGAAGUGUUUGCAAAGGUGUUUUGUAGUUAAUGUGAAUAUUUGGUCCUCUUAUUUCUCACAUUCGGUCCAAAACAACAAACGGUAUCAUUCAGAACUGGUGGUUGGAAAGGACGAAAAUUAGGUUUAAAGGGAUUUAUGUCAGCAUUCAACAUCAGUUUUCUUUAUUUCAGCAGAUGAUUGCACUUGUGUAGUUUCAAAUCACUGUUUCGAUAAAUCACUGUGGAUGAGGGAUAAAUUUCCCUCUGUAUAUUUUACUAAAUCGUACGAAAGUAUUUAAAUAGACAGCAAAUCUCAGCCUCAUAUAAUGCCUUAAACAGAUUUAAUUUGCUUUUACGCAGUAUUUCCUGACUGUUCCACUGUAGCUGGCUAGCUUGCAAACUACUAUCACUAUCUUUUGCAUGUGACGUGUCUUAUAAAAAUAUAUUUAUCUAGGCCAGGUGGACAACUGGUUCUCAAUUUGCUAUAUUUUUGAGGGAAAAAAAGGUAUUUUUUCAAGACAAUUCUCAGGUUUAUGCUUUUAUCCAAGAGGAGAUGUUAGCAUUUUAAUUUCAUAGACAAAAUCGAAAAUACAGAAAUCCCAAUUAUUUUUAAAGAACUAAUAAACUUAGUAUAUUGAUAUUUCAUUGUGAAAAUACUGGUGCUGCUGAUGCCCAGUGCAAAGAGGAGUACUUGUUACUGAUAAAUAAAUCUAUUUUAAACCCCUUAUUAUUGACUUAUUCUGUACGAAGGCCAGAAAUAUACUCAACACAAGUUCGAGAACACGAACGCUUCUAGCUAACAAGCUCAGCUUCACACAAAGUUGUAAAAUUUGUAACGUAACACAAGUACUUGUUGCAAUCUCAGUGUUGCCACAAGAGAGGCUGUAGCAGCAUUAUCAUAAACAAGAUGCAUCCGAAAUUGCGUACGGCAUAUCUACUAUAUUUUAUGAGGGACAAAUUUCGCAACUUUCAAAAAAAGCAUGUUCCCAACCCUGGUCCUGGAGGCACCCCAACACUUCACGUUUUGCAUGUCUCCUUAAUCAGACACACCUGAUUCAGAUAAUGAGCUCAUUAGUAGAGACUCCAGGACCUGAAAUUGGUGUGUCAGAGAAAGGAGACAUCCAAAAUGUGCAGUUUUGGGGUGCCUCCAGGAUCAUGGAUGGGAACCACUGCUCUACAGUAUGAAUGUGUGUAGUACUACAUCCGCACUUUUGUCGUUGUCAUGUGACUUACAAUAUUUGCGUCGCUUCACUGCCAUUUUUAACUCCUCUUCCGUGGCCUCAAGGGAUAAUAAAUGAUCCAUUGAAUGUGCACUUCAACAUUUCGCAAGAAUUAGUUUGCAAUCUGGGUACUUUUUUUUAAUUAAAAAAACACAUUAAAAAUUAACACAUUAAUUAAAAAAAAGUAGUUUUAUAAAUAUGUUGAAUUCAGUUGUACUACUCUUCGUGUACCAUUUUUCACUAACUAUAUAGUAGGUAAGUAGGCAUAUUUAAAUGUAGGGCAUCUUCAUCUAUAGCCAGUUGUCUCUUUGACCUGAAUUACUUUCAUGGUGAUUUGAAGUGGAUCUUGCCAAACAAGUUCCAAAGUUAAACUUUCGACUUCUAGCUAGCUAGACAUUUGAACAUAACUAGCUCUCUUGAAUACUAACAUUUGCACAUUAAAACUCAACAGAACUACUCGCCGAUCGUUUUAGUUAUGGAAAGAUUUGCCUUGUCUUCUGUUUCACUCAUUUAAUUUAUAUCAGCUGUGGAUGUCACCUUCAAAACUGUACUGCUACACCAAACAGGAAGUGGUCAUUAGAUCCAGCACUUGUUUCUUUCAGACACUUCUGAAUUAUUUAGGCUGUUGAGCAGAGUGAUUUAGGACACGUGCCAUUCUGUCUGACACUUUAAUGACUCUCCUCACCCCUCCUGCGUAAUCUGCUGUGGUAACGAUAUGGCUGUAAAAACAUUCAAAGUUUAGGACCCCAUCUUAAAUCAAGCUAGGCUUCUUAACGUAGCGGCUUAACUCAAAGCUGUCCUGAAACAAUAUAUGCCUCAGCCUUUGAACAAAUCAGAUGUCCUGAUGAACUAUGCAAAAUCAGUGUUAUCAAUCAACUUAAAUUGCCAUUAUGUUAUUUAUUCAUUUUGUAAAACCCCUAUUAAAUACAAACUAGAAGGGUUUUUUUUGGCUUUUAGUCCUGUUUAGUUUUUGCUCGGUACCCACAAGACAUGUGGUUUGGAGUAACAAUGUCAACACUGAUGAUAUGCAUAUGAAAAAUAAAUAAAAUAAGUAAAAGGUGAAAUGCAAGAUGUCAUGCUUAAAUAGCUAUUCUAUGGAAGUUUCUAUCCACCAAAUGGUGUGUAUUGACAUAUUUCCUCGGUUGAAACCAGAUACCUUCUGAUGUUCAUUCAUGUUUAUUUUGUGGUGUAACUAGUAAAGCGGAAGAAGUGAUCGGUUCAUGUGCCGCUUGAACUGAGGCGCUACAGCGACCUGUCACGACACAGUAAAAAGCCACAAAACAGUAUUUAUUGUUUGAAUUUCUUACAAAAUGACAAAAUUUGUAAGCUGAGACAUUGUUUCAUACCUGAAGUAACCUGCUCUGUCUUGUCUGUCACAUGUUGUCAGUUUCUCUUCGCUCCGCGAUGUCUUUGCGAAGGGUCAGUUCUGAGGAAAAAAGUCUGAAUUUUUCUAUAUCCCGCAAUUCUGAGUAACAUGAAUUGUAAGAUAAAAUCGCAAUUCCUUUUUUUUUUUUCUGUUCUGUUUUGUUUUGUUUUAAACCUGUGGCAGAAACAGGAAGCUUCCGUAUUCUUUACACUUUAAAAUGUCAAUUGUUUUUGCUAAAAGGUAUUUCUUGUAAACAGGAAGAUAUAUGUGUACUAUUUUAUUAACAAUCAGCAACUUAAGGGAAGUUUUGAAAUGAAAUUGACCCCCAUUCCUAUUUAAAUGCGAGGUUGUGCCUUAACUGAGUUCAUCUACUUGAAUAAUUGUUUCAAAUGAUAGGCAGCUGCCUAUAAAUGGAAUCUCAUACAUAACUGAUUUAAUACACUCUACAUGGACAGCAGCUUUUUAUUGGUAAAGGUGCGGUCAGAUUAGCGAAAUUUUGUGGGCAAAAAAAAGUCCACUGUCAAUAGUGUAGUGACGUAUGAACCAAAGCUUACUCUGAAGUCACUUUAAAAUCAACUUUCUGUUGAUCAACGUUUUGAAUCCAUAAUAAUAAUGGUAAACAUAGCCACACCUUAAUGCACAUGAUGCUAAGUUUAGGUAUGUAUGUAUUACUGGUACUAUAGUAUUUAGUUUAGAGUUUUUAAUUAUGGUUUCCAAAUCACAUAAUAUUGGUACUCAAACCGAAACCUGAAAUAAUGUAUAAUAGUAAAUAAUAGUAGAAAAUAAGUAGUGGUUUUAUUUUUUUUUGUCUAAUAACAUGUUUAUAGAUAUAUUGUUGACACAAGAAAGAUCAUCAGCCUGUUCAAUACCAAUCAAGCACACAGGAACUCAUCCGAAGCGUCUCACAGUUCCCAUGUGAUCAGUUUUAAAUUGCAUUCUCUGCGUAUUGUCUCUAUUGUUUUUGAUACUGUGUAUUUAGGAAACAUGUACGGUUUGGUUUGUCAUUGUCGUACAUGUCUUUAAGUGUGCUCUGUAUUUUGAAUAACUUCUUGAUAUUUGUCUUUGGUAA